UAAACAUGUUAUCUUGGAUUAAAUCACCUUAAUAUUCACCAAAAAGUCCAGAAAUCAUUUGGAUUUAUACAGCUCCUCCACCUCUUCAGGACAGUUUGACACUGUUUGUGUUUUUUUAUAUCUCUAACAAUUUUCUGACACAAAGAUGGACGAACCGUUUGAGAAGAGAGAAAAUGCAUGUGAGGAUCAUGAGAUGGACACGGAGGCCAGCGACCUGCUCAACGACCUGCAGGUUCGGCUCAACAACGUUCUGGACGACCUCAGCAGCACGUUUGGGAACAGCUUCCAGAGCCGCAUCACCGACUGCAUGCGGCAGAUGGCGUCGCUGCUGUACCAGAUCAAAGGACCGCUCAACGAAAACACCAAGAACCAGGUGGAGGGCGACUCGGACAACAUGCUGCGGCCGCUCAUGGACUUCCUGGAUGCGCAAUUAACGCUGUUCGCCACGGUGUGUGAGAAAACCGUCCUGAAGCGCGUUCUGAAGGAGCUGUGGAGGAUCGUGAUGACCAGCCUGGAGAAGAACAUCGUCCUGCCGCAAGGGAACGACACCUUGGUGAGUCUGACGCUCGUCUCCGUCACUGGACAGGGAGCACAGAUCCUUUCUGCUGCUAAAGAACUGGGACACCUUUCCAAACUGAAGGAUCACAUGGCAGGAGACGCUAAAAGCCUGACGCCCAGGCAGUGUGCCGUCAUGGAUGUGGCUCUGGAUACCAUCAAGCAAUACUUUCAUGCGGGCGGGAAUGGCUUGAAGAAGACUUUCCUGGAGAAGAGCGCUGAGCUUUCGUCGCUCCGCCACGCUCUCUCGCUCUACACCCAGACCACCGACACGCUCAUCAAAACCUUCGUGACCACGCAGCAUUCACAGGGCUCAGGUGUGGACAAACCCAUCGGAGAGGUUUCCCUGCAGAUUGAGCUGUACACUCAUCCCAAGAGCGGAGAGCGGAAAGUUACUCUCAAAGUGAUUGCAGCCAGUGAUUUGAAGUGGCAGACGUCUGGGAUGUUCAGACCCUUCGUGGAAGUCACGAUGAUCGGGCCGCACCUCAGCGACAAGAAGCGCCGAUUUCAGACCAAAUCCAAGAACAACAGCUGGUCUCCCAAAUACAACGAGACCUUUCACUUGUAAGUUCAAAACCAAACGUCGUGACACAUUUAGGAUUUGAAGCUCUUUUAAUUCUGACUUCAUAAACUGUUGGUUACACAAAACAAAGUCCUUGUGAAAUUACUGGACAAUGUCAGCUAAUGCGCUAGCAGCACAGCUAAUUGUUCAUUUAGUGUUUCUGCUAAACAUUUAGUGAACUUCCUCAAAUUUAACUUUUCCAAAUAAAAUCUGGAUUUAUUUUAAGAAAUUAAUU